UUGAGCGCAAAAUUAACAAUCAUACAGUCAAAAAAGCAGAAGAAAUGGAUCACCAAGCUCUUCUUCGAGCUGUUGAAUCAUCUGAUUGUACAGUUUUCAUGGAGUGGUACGAGAAAGCUCAAUCUCAGAACAACUUAGCUGUCAAAGAAUCAGUUGAUCGUCUGUCCAAGAAUGAGUUAUGUGGAAUAUGGACAGUUUUUAUCAAAUGGGUGAUGGACAUGACAAAUUCUUUGAAAGAAAACCCUGAUUCACCCGAAAAGGAUUCAAUCAUGAAAGUUUUACUAAUUAUGUCUACCAUGGCAACUUACACAAUAGAGAACAUUUCAACAAAUGAGCCUCAAGGAUUGAGCCCAUCUUUAAAAGCUAUGAAUGGAUCUCUGAAAUUGGUUACAUGCAAGAAAGCAGGAGCAAGUAUUUGUGAAAUGAGCGAGCAUUACUGGAAGGUUCAUCCUGAACUUGAAAUGAUUCUCUCUGUAAAUGUUAUCUCUUGGCUUCUGACCCAUGCUCUACAUCCAAAAGCAACAAUGACUUCAGUGAAGCGGUUGUGGAGCCUAAAAGGAUCUAUUGAAAAGUUGAAUCCCCAGAUUCUUGAAAGAUCUGGACUGCUAGAACUUUUCCUUUCUGGUAUUUCAAAUUCAAAAUUUAUAAGCUCCAAUGAAGGUCGAAAAUGCAUUGCCUGCCUUUUUAACUUUGGCCCCUCUGUUGUGCAGGCAUUGCAGAAAACAAUAAAAAAGUUUAUUCCACUUGCAACAACAUCCGAUUGCGAAGCGCUGGGAGAGAUUUAUUUUAAAGCGUGGAGAUCGGUAGUUACUGAAGAAUCCCGAGCAGACAUAGAAUUUUCUAUUCAAGACAUAAUGUACAAUGCUGUCAUUGCCUUUCGAACACCAGUAGGUGCGGUUGAAGGUGGAAUGAAUAAGAUACCCAUGAACAAGCUACUCUUCCAUUUGCUGCAUGCACUUCAUCGUCAGAGAAAGCAGCGUACUGUUGCGAUUCUUAUUAACAACCUCUAUAAACCAAUUCUUUGGCGCUAUUUGGAAGCUUCUAAUGGUCUGGUUCGAGCAAAUGCGUUGUGUCUGUUUUUUGACGCUUUCCCUUUUGAGAGUGGCGAAGGGGUGGAAGAAGAUGAAGUUGUUCGUAAUAAGCAGUGGCAAAUUAUGCUUGCCGCUCUCUUGGAUCCCGUUCCUCUUGUUCGAUCAAUCGCCAUACAGGGCACAUGUCGAAUUUUAACAGAAUAUUGGGAAAUUGUUCCGGUCAACAUUAUUCAAGAUUUUAUUACAGCAUUGUUGAGAAAGUUAUUAUAUGAUUCAUCCUCUGCUGAUGUCCGUGCCAACGUUGUUAAAGGACUAGUUACCAUGUUAGGAAGUAAUCAAACUCAUAAUCUCCUCGAGAAAAUGAUCCCCCUUACCAACAAAGUACUUCAUGAUCCCAAUGAAAAGGUUCGGGCUGAAUAUGUUUUUUUGUUAACUCACGUCCAAAAGUUAAAAAUCAGCAAAUUGUGGGAGGUGAUUGAAGUAAGUCAUUUAGUCGCCAGACUUGCAAUGGAUUCAUCGAAAAAUGUCUGUCGUCGUUUAGUGGUACUUUUGGCCCCGUUUUAUUAUCCUAAAGCUACACCAGAAAUUGUGUUCCAACGCUGCUUACGACUUGUCAUUGAUAACCGGGAAGCUUCGAGAAAAUUUUAUCAGCAUAUUGAUAACUGCGUGGGAGUUGAGCAAAUGGCAGAACUGAUCUUAAUUAUAUGGAAGUUUUUACGGAACCAUAUUCACAAGAAAUUGGAACAGAAUAGAAUUAGCCAAGAAAGAGAGGAAACAGCUCGUCAGAAUCGUUCCCGCGUGGCGAAAAGGUCUCGAAGAGGAGAGCAGGUUGAGAGAACUGAAGAGACGAUCGGAGACGAAGAUAAAGAAAAUCAAGCAGAUGAAUCCACCGACGAUGAUGGGGAAGACGAUGGCAGCAACGAGGAAUUUAAUGAAUCGAGCAUCAUUGGACUGAUCGAUGUUAUGUGUAUCCUACUGAGUGGAAAUAAGACGAAAUUUAAGGCGCCGCAAAAUGUUGCGUUCUGGGAAGAAAUUAAGUCUAGUUUCCAUAAAACGUGUUCCUUAUUUUUUCGCUAUUUCAAGAAUUCGGACGGUCUCCGUUCGCUCAUCUAUCUCUAUGGAUUGAUGUCAUCCACUGCAUCUACUUUGGUGCUAAGUUUCGUCAAGUCUCAGUUGAAAUCACUAACUGAUGAAGCCACCUGUAAAGAGUUUGGUCAUUUGGUGGACGUCAUGUGUAAUUGGGGUCGAGGAGAAGAUUUAUUGGAGUUCAUAACUGAUCAUCUCCAUGAAAUUUUAAUUUCAUUUGUAUCCGAUCAGUCUUCUGAAAAUUGUGAUUCUCGGACAAGAAAAGGUACUGGAAAGAAGCGGGUUUCCUUUAAAAAAACCAACAAGGGUAAACCUAUGCUGGGAUUACGUUGUUUGAUUUAUAUCUUACAACAUCCCUACAAUAAAAAGAUCAUUUUGCGAAAAAACCUCAUACAAAUGGAACAAUUGUGCGACAGCUUAAAGGCUGUGACGUUGAUCAUUGAAAACAAUCCCGAGAUAUUAAACAAUAAAGACAGUUUCUUGUUUGUGGCUGCGUCGGUGUAUGUGAGAACUCUUCUGGUAUUAACCUCCUUUUACCAACGAACAAAAGAUGAAGAAUUGAAGUAUGCAGAAUCACAAGAAAAAAUCUUAGGAGUUCUCGGUUGGAUAGCAAGAUUAAUGGUAGAUGAAAAUCUGAAUCCAUUAGAGGGGGAUCUUAUUUUUUCCGUCGUUGCCUCCAUUAGCAACUUAGUCGUGAUUCACUCUAUGAGUUCGGAAGUCCAUCGCCAGUUUUUGAGUAGUGUUCUUCAAGCGGUUAAACGAUUUCCGUCAUCUAGUCACUUGACCCUCGCCAUGAAUUGUGCACAUAGUUCCUUGGUUUUUAUUUGGACUGAGCGUUCGAUUGGAAAUGAAUGUGAUGCUGAAUGUGACCGUCAAAUCAACGAUAUAAUUUUCUACGUGUUGGAACGUCCCUCAGCAACAGAAUCUUCUGAGACUAGCGAGGAAGUGUCCCUGAAUGAGGACGAUUGGAUUGUAAUGAGAAAUGUUAUAAGAAAGAUCAUGGAAGAGUGCCAUCGACAUAGUCCGGAAAAACACGAAAGUAUACGUACAAUCGUACGUAAAAUGGGAGACACCAUACGACAAGAAAUGUUGCAAUAUCAACAGUCUGAAGAGCAAGGCGAUGUAGCUUGUCUGCAUCAGAUAUCGAAAGCUAUCAUUGCAGCAUUCCGGGUUCGAAACGUUUUGGCUAAGAUGAUGUUGGACGAAAUUUUUGAAUCUCUCAAAAUCGACGAAGAUGAGAUGGUAUUAUCCAAUUUGGUUGCGAUUACCAGGCUUCUCGAACAUUUGAGUCAGGAUAAAGGUCAAAUUUCAGCGGGCACCUUUGUACACGCCAUCAACUCUUUCGAGCGCUGGUGGUCAACUGUAGGAGAAAUUGAAAAAAGAGCUAACGCGGAUUUGGUUUCACAUGUUAACGAUACAAUUAAAGAUCUUAAGAAAGCCUUUUCAAUAUAGGUCUAGAGUGGUUUGUACUUUGUGACUGGACAAACAAAAUGUUAAGCACUGUUCACAUGUUUUGAUGGCACUGCAGUUAUUUAGUGAAAAUAAGGUCCUUCAUGGUGGAAUUCGAGCAAACCGGAAAUAUAAUGAAUCAUUUUCACUGGA